GUAUUUCAUUGCCAUCGAAAGCGGUAGUAACGGUCGGUGUUCAUACCGCAUUCGCUUCGAGUCAUACUCAAUCUCCCCUCUCUCAUGGCCAGUUUCGCAGGCAAAGUCAUCGCCAUCACAGGCGGUGCAUCAGGCAUCGGCCUUGAAACGGCAAAACUCCUCUCAUCCCGCGGUGCAAAGCUAUCAAUUGCAGAUGUCCAAGAAGGCCCUCUUCAGGAAGGUGCAACGGCCAUCCAAAGCGUAGGUGGCGAGGUCUUCACCUUCAAACUCGACGUCCGCGAUCGAAAGCAAGUGGACGCAUGGAUAGAAAAGACAGUGCACCAUUUCGGCAAAUUGGAUGGCGCCGCCAAUAUUGCUGGUGUGACCGGGAGAAGUAUUGGCGUGAAGACGGCGGAUGAGCUCGAGGAUGAUGACUGGGACUUCGUGCUUGGAGUCAAUUUAACGGGGUUGAUGUAUUGUCAGCGGGCCGAGCUGCGAGCGCUACGCCCAGGCGGUUCUAUUGUGAACGCCGCCUCAGUGGCCGGUCUGCAAGGUCGAGCCAAGAAUGCUGCGUACUCAGCAAGCAAGCACGGUGUCGUGGGGCUGACGCGGAGCGCCGCUAAGGACAUGGGAGAAAAGGGAAUCAGGGUGAACGCUAUUGCCCCUGGCACUGUAGAGACACCAAUGGUAGCUCAGGCUGCCCAGAUAUCCGGAAAGGGGAAUCCAAUGCUGAAACUGGACAAUAGCGCAUCGGCUUUGAAGCGGGUCGGAAAGCCAUCAGAAGUUGCGAAUCUGGUUGCAUUUCUUCUGAGCGCGGAGUCUUCCUUUAUUACUGGAGCGAUAAUGUCGAUUGAUGGCGGAUGGAACUGCUAG